CUUUGGGGCUUCGCUCACCUAUUUCACUUAAGGCAUCAGGUCCCAGUCCCGGCCCCACUCCUGACAACAAAAUGUCUGACAAAGGAGAAUUUGAUACCAACGUCCUGACGCUCACCAGGUUUGUUCUGGAAGAGGGCAGAAAGGCCCAAGGAACGGGUGAGCUGACAAACCUGCUCAACUCCAUCUGCACAGCUGUCAAAGCCAUUUCAACUGCUGUCAGGAAGGCUGGGAUUGCUAACCUAUAUGGCAUUGCUGGAAGCACCAACGUGACAGGGGACCAGGUGAAGAAACUGGACGUCCUGUCCAAUGACCUAGUCAUCAACAUGAUCAAGUCCUCCUUCAGCGCCUGUGUGCUGGUGUCGGAAGAGGAUGAGAAGGCCAUCAUUGUGGAACCAGAUAAGAGGGGAAAAUAUAUUGUGUGCUUUGACCCACUGGAUGGUUCCUCAAACAUCGACUGUCUCGUCUCAAUUGGAACAAUUUUUGCCAUCUACAAAAAGACGACAAAUGAUGAGCCAGCUGAGAAGGAUGCUCUGCAGCCUGGAAGAAACAUUGUGGCAGCUGGUUAUGCUCUGUAUGGCAGUGCCACCAUGAUGGUCCUCUCCACCGGGCAAGGAGUCAACUGCUUCAUGCUUGAUCCCGCCAUUGGUGAGUUCAUUCUGGUAGAUCGAGACGUGAAAAUUAAGAAAAAGGGGAAAAUCUACAGUUUGAAUGAAGGAUAUGCACAGCAUUUUUAUCCAGAUGUAUCAGAGUACCUACAAAAGAAGAAGUACCCAGAGGAUGGUUCUGCUCCAUAUGGCAGUCGAUAUGUUGGUUCAAUGGUAGCUGAUGUUCAUCGUACUUUGGUUUAUGGAGGCAUCUUUUUAUAUCCUGCUAAUGUCAAGAGUCCUAAGGGCAAGCUGAGGCUGUUGUAUGAAUGCAACCCCAUGGCCUUCAUCAUGGAGCAGGCGGGAGGCAUGGCCACUACAGGAUCCAUGAAUGUCCUGGACAUCCAGCCCACCAACAUCCAUGAGCGAGUUCCUGUGGUCCUGGGAUCUCCUGAUGAUGUUCGGGAGUAUCUUUCCAUCUGUAAAAAGCAUAAUAAAUGAGGACAAAUAGCACAAUCAAGAGGCCCAAUCAGGACAUUCCUCAUUCAGUGUUUCUACUCAUUCCUCCAGCUGUGUUGAUGAAGGAACCAGGAACCUCACUGGGCCUACUAAGUCUGCCUCACACUAUGCUAAUCCCAUCUUGUUGGUGUAAGUGUUAUUUGUAGAGACAUUUUUAAAUAAAGACAACUGAAAAGAUGCUUGUGUUCUUCAGUGAGUUGCAAAAAGUUCUCUGUGAAUGUAUGGAUUAAGGACAUAGGUAAAAAAUGUCAUACUGUAUUUCAGAUUGGACGGAUGUCAGUGACCUGUACACACUUUAUUUACAAUGUUAACAACUGUAUCAGUUACCAUUGAGACCCCUCCAGAUCCGCCCCUGUCUGUAAGGCUGUACUUGAGCUAAACAUAAAUGUCAGCAUCAAAAAUUUCAUGGCAAUCCAUCCAAUUGUUGCUAUUUCAUAUUUCAGUCUGAGCUUGAAUUGAGCACAAGUCAUUGUCAGUGUGCAGAAUGCUUUGAUGCCUUCUCAGUAAAGAGGUAUUGGUCACAGAAAUGCAACUGUCACUGAGACCUAAUGGUGCGCAAGAACUGUGUUGUUAUAGAUUGGACAAAAGGUGCUUUGUGUUAAAACUGGAUGAGACAUUGGAUGGCAUUAUAAGCCUAUUUGCAGAUUGUAUUUCCAUCCAAAUCUGUCAUUUUAUUAUGUUUUGUGACCACACGAGCGCACACACACACAAAGCCUUUUACAUUAGCUGUAAGAUACUGCGUUCCUUCAUUGGCCAUCUGCUCAAAUUGCUUUUGAAAGCAACAAGCCUAAUAGAACACUUUGGGCUGAGGUAUUGCAGGACACACAUUCACACCUGGAAGCUGCCAAGUACAUAGUCUUUCACCUUCCUUACUCAGAUUGGAUCUGCCAGUCUGGGAAUCCAACCAGCCUGCCUCUCCCAUGUCUAAGUAUGUAUGAACAAUGCUCUCCUUUCAUAUUCUUGCUAAGAAAGUUGAGACCAACUCUGUUUUGUUUGGACAUAAUGGGAUUUUGGGAUGCAAGCCCAGAUAUUGCAGUAACAAGUAAAAGGACAUCAUUGUUUCUACGAGUUCUGAAAAACCAUCAAUCAAUAACAAUAAGAGAAGUCCUUUUGUUGAGACAAUACAUGUGAGUUUUUCUGGACAUGUUGU